AUGGAAGAAUCAACUUUCCUGAAUCAGGAAGAGCAAAACCAAGAACCAGAGAAAGCUAGAGGACGAUGGGAAGAAAUGACAGCAGCUUCCUCCCAAGAUCCGGAGCCCGCGAAGUCCGAGCAGGGGCCAGAAACAGCACCCCAGCCCUGGAGCAGCGUAUCUUGGAGCCCCCAGACUAGAGCCAGCACACCUGAGGAUGACCUCGCAGCACCAGGAGCAUCAGCAACCCCAGCCCCUCCUCAGGACCUCUCCUCCAGUCCUCCUCCCCUGGAUUUGGCCAGACAGGACCUUGCCACACCAGGGCCAUCAGACAAGACCACUAGUGUGAUUCCUGAAACUGGGACACCUCACUCUGAUCAUCUGGAGCAAAAGACUGAUGAAGAAGAAUCAACUCCUCAUCAAACAAGCCCAUCAGAGGAAAGAGCCUUGAAACAGUCUCAGCAACUAAAACCUCACCCACCUGGGCCAGGGCACGUGAGCGAUAACAAGUCUAAUAAAAAAAAGCUGAGAUUUGAUAUUGUCCAGGAGGAAGACUCUAACGGUAACUAUGACCUGGAUCAGGCUGAGCCUGAGGUCUCUGAAGCAGCCCCCAGCAUGCUUGACAUUGCUGUUCAGAAUGCUAAAGCUUACCUGAUGAAGACCAGUAGCAAGUCAGGCUUAAAUCUAUAUGACCAUCUUUCUAACAUGCUGACCAAGAUCUUAGAUGAGCGUCCUGAAAAUGCUGUUGAAAUCAUUGAAAAUAUUAGCCAAGAUGUGAAGAUGGCACAUUUUAGUAAAAAAUUAGAUACACUGCAAAAUGAGAAUGAAAUGCUCCCAACAUAUGAAAUAGCAGAGAAGCAGAAGGCUCUUUUUCUUCAGGGAAGUUUGGAAGGAGCUGACCAAGAUCUGGAAGAUGAAAUAGUAGAAAACGCUCUUCCAAAUGUAAUGGAGUCAGCUUUCUAUUUUGAACAAGCCGGAGUUUCUUUGGGCACAGAUGAGACUUACCGUAUAUUUCUUGCCCUCAAGCAACUCACUGACACCCACCCAAUCCACAGAUGUCGUUUCUGGGGCAAGAUCCUGGGUCUGGAAAUGAAUUACAUUGUAGCUGAAGUGGAAUUUCGAGAGGGAGAAGAUGAAGAGGAGGUGGAAGAGGAAGAUGUAGCUGAAGAGAAGGACAAUGGAGAAAGUGAAGCUGAAGAUGAGGAACACGAAUUACCAAAGUUGUUUUACAAAAUCCCACAGGCUGUUCCAAAAGAAGAAAGUAGAACAGGAGUCAACAAAUAUGUCUAUUUUGUUUGCAGUGAACCAGGAAGACCGUGGAUUAAGUUACCAUCUGUUACACCUCUACAAAUUGUUAUUGCAAGAAAAAUCAAGAAAUUUUUCACUGGGAGAUUGGAUGCUCCUGUCAUAAGUUACCCACCUUUCCCAGGAAAUGAGAGCAAUUACUUAAGAGCACAAAUAGCUAGAAUUUCAGCAGGGACCCACGUCAGCCCUCUUGGAUUCUAUCAGUUUGGGGAGGAAGAAGGAGAAGAGGAGGAAGAAGCAGAAGGCCGGCGAGAGAGCUUUGAGGAAAACCCUGAUUUCGAAGGCAUCCCGGUGGUUGAUCUAGUGGAAUCGCUAUCCAAUUGGGUUCAUCAUGUACAAUAUAUUCUCCCUCAGGGUCGCUGUAAUUGGUUCAACCCCAUACAAAAAAGUGAAGAAGAAGAAGAGCAAGAGGAUGAAGAAAAAGAAGAAGAAGAAAAAGAAGAGCCUGACUACAUCGAACAGGAAGUGGGGCCUCCCCUUCUGACACCAAUCUCAGAAGAUUUAGAGGUUCAGAACACACCCCCCUGGACAGCACGUCUAUCCUCGAAUCUCAUUCCUCAAUAUGCUAUUGCAGUCCUUAGAUCUAACCUUUGGCCUGGAGCAUAUGCCUUUUCCAAUGGCAAAAAGUUUGAAAAUUUCUACAUAGGCUGGGGUCAUAAGUAUAGUCCAGGCAACUAUACACCACCACUUCCACCACCAGUUUCUCAAGAGUAUCCCAGUGGACCGGAAAUCACAGAAAUGGAUGACCCAAGUGUGGAAGAGGAACAGGUUUUCAGGGCUGCACAAGAAGCAGCUAUACUUGCAGCUGAGAAAAAUGAAGAAACUGAAGAUGAAGAUGAAGAUGAGGAUGAGGAUGAAGACGAUUAACAAGGGUAAAAUUAGCUGAGUUUUAUGUG